GGAAUUGUGGGCGGCGACGGUUCGGAGCGCGGCCUGAGGCACUCCGCCAGAAAGGCGUGGGAGUCCCGCUUUCGCUCUUCCCUCGCCGUCAUGCUGGCGCGGCUGCUGCUCCUGCGGCCAGGGCUGGCCUGGGGGCGCUGCUACGGCCGCCGGCUGCCCCGCGCGGAGGCGGCCAAGAACAGCCCCCCGCGGGUCUUGCCUGUUGCCAGGCAGUCUGGCAGCCAUGCCAGGUUCUCCUGCUUUCUGCGGGUUCCUCGCAGCCUGCCCAAGCUGUCCCCAGCUGUGCUGCUGGUUUUGCCCCGCAGCCUUGUCCCACUGGGCCGGGUGGCAGCCUUGUGGGCAGGGCCAGCCUUGGUGGGACUGGGGGCUGGCUUCAGCAAGAGGGUCUUCUGCCAGGAAGCCCAAAAGAUUGAGGUGGUGUGUGUCCCCCCACCUGAAGAGCCACCCUUCGACUGGGCCAUGUUCUGGAAGUUCCUGCGUCCUCAGCUACUGGCACUGACAGCAGCAGUCUUGUUUGCCUUCGGUGCCGCAUUCCUCAACAUACAGAUCCCGCUGUUACUGGGCCAGAUGGUGAACGUGGUGGCAAAGCACAUGCGUGUAGGCGAUUAUCUGCGUUUAGUGCGUGAACCUGCCCUGCGCCUGUUGAGCAUCUAUGGGCUGCAGGGCGCAAUGACCUUUGGGUAUAUCCUGCUGCUGUCAUGGAUUGGGGAGAAGGUGGCUAGCAGUAUGCGGAAGCAGCUGUUCUCUUCCUUCCUCAGGCAAGAGGUGGCCUUCUUUGAUGCCAAUCAGACCGGGCAGCUGGUGAAUCGCCUGACUGCGGAUAUCCAAGAAUUCAAAUCUUCUUUCAAACUGGUCAUCUCUCAGGGUCUACGCAGCCUCACUCAGACUGUGGGCUGUUUCGUGUCUCUCUACUUGAUUUCACCCAAGCUGACUGGGUUGCUUGUUGUGGUGAUGCCAUUCUUGGUGGGGAUCGGGACCUUUAUGGGCACCUCCCUUCGCAGGCUCUCUCGCAAAGCCCAAGAACAGGUGGCCAAGGCCACAGCUGUGGCAGACGAGGCUCUGGGUAAUGUCCGGACAGUGAGGGCCUUUGCCAUGGAACCCAAAGAGGUCCAACAAUAUUCAGCUGAAGUUGAUAUUUCCAGCCGCCUCAAUAUGAAUUUGGGGCUGGGCAUUGCCUUCUUCCAGGGGCUCUCCAAUGUGGCCCUGAAUUCCACGUUGUUUUAUCUGCCAGGUAUUGUGCUAGGCACCAUCUUUGUAGGUGGCUCCCUCAUGGCUGGGCAAGAGAUGACACCCGGGGACCUCAUGUCCUUCUUGGUUUCCUCCCAGACUGUGCAGCGGUCCAUGGCCAGCAUGUCUGUGCUGUUUGGCCAGGUGCUGCGGGGCAUGAGUGCCGGGGCCCGCGUCUUUGAAUAUAUGAACCUGUCGGCAGAGACCCCUGUGUGCGAGAGGGAGCUGCUUGCCUGUAGCAUGCUAAACGGGCACAUCGAGUUCCAGGAUGUCAACUUCAGUUAUCCCACCCGGCCAGGCUACAAGGUGCUGGAGAACUUCAGCCUCUCCAUCCCUGCUAACAAGACUGUGGCUAUCGUGGGACAGUCUGGUGGCGGGAAGUCGACUGUGGCGGCUCUCUUGGAGCGGUUCUAUGAACCGACGAAGGGUACCAUCUUUCUGGAUGGGCGUGAUAUUUCCACCCUUGACUCUUCCUGGCUCCGGGGAGAGGUCAUUGGGUUCAUUAACCAGGAGCCAGUGCUAUUCAGCACAACCAUCAUGGAGAACAUCCGCUUUGGCAAACUAUGCGCAUCUGAUGCAGAGAUUUAUGCUGCGGCCCGUCUUGCAAAUGCCGACGAUUUUAUUCGCAGUUUUCCCGAUGGAUACAACACUACUGUGGGGGAGCGCGGAGUGACUUUGUCAUCAGGACAGAAGCAGCGAGUCGCCAUCGCCCGGGCACUGAUUAAGAAUCCUAAAGUGCUGAUCUUGGACGAGGCCACAAGCGCCCUGGACGCAGAAUCGGAGCAUGUGGUUCAAGAGGCCUUGGAUCGGGCCGUGGCUGGUCGCACCGUGCUGAUAAUCGCCCAUCGCCUCAGCACGGUGAAGGACGCAGCCCUCAUCGUGGUCCUGUCCAAGGGCCGCGUGGCUGAGGCUGGGACACAUUCCGAGCUAUUACGGAAGGGCGGCAUCUAUGCAGAGCUGAUCCGCCGCCAAACCAAGGAUAUUUGAAGAAGGCAAAGCUGCUCAGUUCCUGGACGUGGAGCCUUUUUCUGCCCUCUCUUGCUCAGCAUCCGGCAGCAGCCCCACCUGAGUUGGUUGCUCAGGGGAAGGCCCAGAGCCUGUUGCUCUGGGACGCCCUAUUGUAGGUUUCAGGGAACGUUGCUUUACUGUCCCAACGUGGAAGGAAGCCAUGUGCAAGUUUCAAAUACAGCCUUUUAUAUUUGGA